AUGUCACCAGUAAAUGAAUAUGGAUUAAGAUCAUUGGUGAAAAUGAUUGCACCAAUGGCUCCCAGUAUUGUUGAUGAGAAAGCAUUUUCUGUUGAAGAAGUUACUUGUGCUGUUCAGAUUGAUGGAAAAAUGAGAUUUACAAUAAAAUUACCUACCACAAUGUUACAUGAUAAUUUAUUAAUAGAAUCAUUAAUCAAGAAAUCAAAAAAUAAUGAAAAAUGGUUUAUUGAUAAUAAUGGUAAUGAAAAGAAAAUUAAAAAAGUUAUACAUGUUGGUGGUGGUGAAUUACAAGUUAAAGCUGAAGUUUUUAUCUAA